AUGGCACUUGAUAAAGACUAUUAUCAACAUGUGAUGGAGGACAUUGAUGAUGAAGAAGAAAAACUGGACUGCUUGAUGAGUGUGGAGCAUAGUUCAGUGUUGUCGUUGAGUGAAUCGGAGUUUGUGUGCAUUGGUUGGUCCAAUUUUGCAAUGCGUAAUUCAGUGAAGUCCAUGAUGUGGAAUAAACUUAAAAGUUGUGUGCUAAAGUUGAUUUCUGUAAUAGCUAAAAUUUGUCCACUUCAUGGAGAGCCAAAGAAAAAGAAAACCCGUGGAAAAAUAACUUGCAAGGAGAUUUAUGCAAGGACUAUGGAACAGCGGGAAGAAGUCACUUUUGAUCUUGGACAGCCCGUAGGACCAACCGACCAAAGUGUUUCUAAUUUAACUAGUUUUGUUGGCACUAUUGGUAGAAAUAAAAGAUUCGUUAGUCUUUUGUACACUAGUUGGCAUGCUGUUCCUCCUAAAGCUAAGAAGUUCAUGUGGGACUAUGUUAACACCAAGUUUCUCCUCCCAGACAGUGGAGAAAAGUGGGUAAUGCAAGCGAUUCGAGAUGCUUGGAAGCGGUUCAAAGGAAAGAUUAAGCAAAAGCACUUCGUUCCCUAUGAUACUAUUGAAGAUAUGGUGAAGAAUCGACCCCCUCAAGUACCAGAAAGUGGUUUCAUAAAAUUGAUCUAUUAUUGGAGUCAUCCUCUAAUCCAGUCAAUAAGUCAAAGAAACAUGCAACACAAGGAAAAUGUGAAGUUUCCACAUCGCAUGGGGCCUAUCAAUUUCGGAAGAGUACGAGUGGCUAUGCAAGCAACAAAGGAAACAAAGGAGGAACCAAAAAGGUUUGAGAUGUUCAUUGCUACCCGAACAAGUCGGAAGAGGAAAGAAGUGGAUGAGGAAACACAAAAUGCUGUUGAAGACUUCCAACACCGCCAAGCUGCUGGUGAAACAGAAGAGGAAGCAUUUGAGGCCUUAUUCGGGAAAGAACAACCAGGUCGGGUAAAGUUGUAUGGAAGAUCUGUGACAAAGACUGAUUUAAAAAAAUAUGCUGAAAUUAAUGAAAUCAAGAAUCAGCACAAAGAGGAAGUGUCCAGUCUGAAGGAUAAACUUGGACACAUGGAGGCCCAACAGCAAAAACAAGAGGCCAAACAGCAAAAACAAGACGAAGAGAUUCAUGGGUUGCGAAAUAUGAUCAAGUUAUUACUGCAGCGAUCGGAACCUGGAAUGAGGCCAGAAGAACUAGAAGCUUUAUUACAAGACGCCCAACAGUCUCCUAUUGAUGCGAAUAGCGGCCAUGGAUCAACACAUUUUCCGAACUUAGAUGUGGUAUGUCCUUAUCUAUUCUUUGUUCCAUAG